AUGAACGAGAAGGCCAACGUUUCUAAAGAGCUCAAUGCCAGGCACAGAAAGAUAUUGGAAGGACUCCUCAAAUUGCCUGAGAAUAGGGAAUGUGCUGACUGCAAAGCCAAAGGUCCAAGAUGGGCAAGCGUAAAUUUGGGUAUCUUUAUAUGCAUGCAGUGUUCGGGGAUCCACAGAAGUCUUGGGGUGCACAUAUCAAAGGUUCGAUCUGCAACCCUUGACACAUGGCUUCCAGAGCAGGUUGCAUUUAUUCAAUCAAUGGGGAAUGAGAGAGCAAAUAGUUAUUGGGAAGCAGACUUACCCUCAAACUACGACAGAGUUGGAAUUGAGAAUUUUAUUCGUGCAAAGUAUGAAGAGAAGAGAUGGGCCGCUAAAGAUGGGAAACCACAAUCUCCUCCUAGUGGGCGGGAUGAAAGGUCUUCUCUGCAUUGGCAGAGAACUGACGAAAGGAGUGGGCAUGGACGCACCAGCAGCUCUGAAAAUUUGUUCGAGGAGAGAAAGAAUCUGCAAGUAUCAAGUUCAAAGAGCAGUGCUUCCACUACAAGAAUAAGUCUUCCUGUUCCUCCUAGGGGACCUGAGCAGGUCACUCCUGCAAAGCCUCUACAGGUUAUUGAAAAAGCUGAGCCAAUGGAGGAGGCCACUGAAGCUGCAAAGAAGGUUGCAGAUGCUGCUCCAACUGUCUCUCCACCCAAAGUUGAUUUUGCUACUGAUCUUUUCGACUUGCUCUCCAUGGAUGGCCCUAGUGAAAAUGGUUCGGAGGCAGCUGCAAAUGAUGAUAGCGGUUGGGCAGGUUUCCAAUCUGCAGCAGUUGCUGAAGAAGUAUCAACAACUGGAAAAACUGGUCCAACUAAAGCAGUAGAAAAUAAUACCCAAUCCAUUUCUGGAAUUGAGGAUUUAUUUAAAGAUUCAUCUUCUUUAGCAAUCCCUUCAGUCUCGGAGAAACCCCAGAAAGAUGUGAAAAAUGAUAUAAUGAGCCUUUUUGAGAAGUCCAAUAUGGUUUCCCCGUUUGCGAUGCAUCAACAACAACUUGCUAUGCUGGCGCAACAGCAACUUCUUAUGGCUGCUGCAGCAAAAUCUGCUGGUGGGGACCCAAAAGCGAUGAAUCAACAGCAACUUGCUAUGCUGGCACAGCAACAGCAACUUCUUAUGGCUGCUGCAUCAAAAUCUGCUGGUGGGGACCCAAAAGCGAUGAAUCAACAGCAACUUGCUAUGCUGGCACAGCAACAGCAACUUCUUAUGGCUGCUGCAUCAAAAUCUGCUGGUGGGGACCAAAAAUUUUCUGGCAGUAUUCAACAGCAAGGGCCAAAUGGUAUCAAUGUACCUGCACAAAAUUGGCCAAACAGCGGAUACCAAAUUCCUGGUUUGAUGAUGCCAGUGGCUGGGGACGGUGACUUACAGAAACUUAUGCAGGCUGGUAACAUAGGACUGACACAUCCAGGGGGAAGCUCUGUACCAUAUCCAACAUCUAGCUCUUAUAACAUGGGGCAAGUUACCAGCGCUAAUGGUGGGACAACCACUGGAGUCGGUAAAACCCAAUCAACAUCCUCCAUUUCAUCUGGUACUUCAAAACAAACCGGAAAGGAUUAUGAUUUCUCCUCUUUAACGCAAGGCAUGUUCUCAAAGAAUUGA